UCAAACGAUUUUAUAAAAAUGAAUUUGCGUCUUCACGUGUUUCUCGGGCAGUUCAUCUGGCUGUGGGCAGUGCUGAAUGGGAAAAGUCUUCAGGGAAUCCCCGGCUAUGGACGAAAUUUGAUCAUCAAAACAUUGCCAGCCAUCGAAGAUUACCAGAGCAAUAUAUAUGAAGUGUUUAUGGAGCCUUAUUUAUAUGAAUUCGGUCACCAAGUGCUGCCUCCAGGAAACCGCGCUGAAAAACAAAUCGACCUAGUCAUUCCACAAAGAGCUCCAGGCCUCCAAGCUAUAGUCCACCUGCAGGCCGACGAGGAGUCAGGAGUGGAAGGUGACCUGAUCUUCACGCAAAUCGUGCCGAACGGUCCCGUCAGCAUCGAGGGUAACAUCACAGGUCUAGCGGCAGGCCUGCACGGCAUCCACGUGCAUCAGACAGGCGCUGUCAAGGAUAACUGCAAGGAGAUUGGACCUCAUUUCUUGGCGUUCUAUGGUCGCCACGGCGGGCCUCGCGACAGCGUGCGCCACGUCGGCGACCUCGGGAACAUCAAAGCUGAAGAGGGAGUCCUCUCCGUUAAGAUCGUCGAUCACCUGAUAUCCCUUGCUGGGCCUCGGUCCAUCGUCGGAAGGUCUCUUGCCAUUUCUAAAGGGGAAGACGACUAUGGCAGAGCCAGUACUGAGGACAGCGCUCUCACUGGUACCUCAGGCCCAGCUGUAGCUUGUGGGAUUAUUGGUUACCUACAUUGAUUUGUCUGACGUUGUGUUGAAUUGUGAUAUUGUGUUUAUACUUUUAAUAUAGCGUAUGAAUGUU